AUUUGUUCUGUGUUAUUCUUGAGUGGACUUCAUAAGUUACUGCAGCUCCUCCCAUCCGUUAUAAGAGCAGCUGACCAGAUACCCAGAAGUCUCCCAGCGUUUUUUAAAACAGUUUUGCCUCCCAGUGGUCUGCAGCUUUGUGGCACACUGAGAUGGACGGUUAGGUUUUUCAGCAGGUCUGGCCCCGGGAUUGUUCAAACUUUUAAUGAUGACUUUCGCCAUGCUGCGUCCUGUGGCGACGCGCUUCAUCUGCACAGACUUUGUCACGUCCGAAGACGAUGAAAACCGCAGCGAAAGUGACGGCAGCUCUGACCAAGGUUACUGCGCCACCAGCGCAAAGCGCGGGAGGAUUUCACGCAAACUGGAUGGAAGCGCCGGGAUAGUCAUGAAACAACGGAGCGCGGCCAACGCCAGGGAAAGAGGCAGGACGCAAAGCGUCAACACCGCAUUCACGGCACUUCGGACUCUCAUACCCACAGAACCGGUGGACAGAAAGCUCUCCAAGAUUGAAACUCUUCGUUUGGCAUCUAGCUACAUUGCCCAUCUGGCCAACGUGCUGGUUCUUGGUGAGGGCAGCGCGGAUGGGCAGCCCUGCCUCGGCGUGGUCCAUACGCCAGGAGAGAGCGGGGCGAUGCAGCCGCGCACCAUCUGCACCUUCUGCUUAAGCAACCAGAGGCGAGGGACAAAGGAUGGUAAAGACUGUUUCAAAAUACGAGGACUGGCUCCACUGCGAACGAGGCGCUGACUGAAGAAGAAUGAAUGAUGAACAACCUGAAAAUCCUCAAAGACUUUCUCAGGGAAGAGUCAAAGCUGGUCUGACACACAAAUCACGGUCAUGCACAAACGGAUCAAAUGAUGGGAACAGAGACUAUUUAUACUUGACUUACAUUUUUAUACUUGAAAAAUGUAAGCAUGAAGGCUUUAACAAUGCAGUGCAUUUGUUGGAAAUGUAUGUUUUGUUUUUUCCCCCUUAUCGUCAUUUUUGGCAAAUGUGAAAAAUAAAACUUAUUUUAU